GCUCGGUCUCAUGCGGCUAGCGGGGCGGAUCGAGGGGUGGAGCAGCGCCCGGUGUAUAUAGAGCAAUUCCAUGUUACUCUGAGAGAGAGAGAGAGAGAGAGAGAAGGUCCCGUGUCUGAACAGCCACACUUGUGACUUCACCUAAAGCAACUUUGAUCCGAGCGUGAGAACGAGGGAAAUCAAUGCACCGGAGUUCAGUUCACUGCAUUGGUGCACACACGGGAAUUAUUUGAUUCACUCACUCCAGGAACAACCCAUUUAGACUUCAGCUUGAUCCUAAAGUCGGGAUUCUUCUUAGGCUAUAUGCUUACCUGUGUACUUUAAAUAGUGCAUAUAUGUUGUGAAUUAUUAUUUGUAAAGUGCUCUAGUGCAUGAGGGGUCUCGGUGCAAUAGUCAGUUGACAGAGUUGUGCAUGCAUGCACUCGGAACCAGUGUUAUGGUCUGUUUGGAUAGUAAUUGCGUGAUUGUGUGUUGGUUACCGACUAUUAUCGCUGUGCGGGACUUAUUUCCACACUAGAGGCGCCGCCUUUGCCUUUCUCAGCACAUACAAACACACGCAAUCAGGUGCCGGAGAGAGACCCACACACUCCCGAUUGGGCAUUCGAGUACAGGCAGCGAGGAUCACCCCGGACUUUACCCUGCACCGAGUUGGAUUUAUGAUGAUGAAUGCAUGAGCGCGCGCGGAGAUCAAUACACUAAUUAAUCAAUACCCUCUGAGCGCACGUGAAGAUCAGCUCCAUCACCAAGUGGCUUUUCAAGCGUGUCUCUCAAUGCGCGUGCCUUUCGUUUGCGUAGAUGCGCGCAUGAGGUUUUUUUAGGAGCGGCUAAACAAAAGCGCAUCGCGGUCAGUGUGCAGGACAUUUAGUGCCGGAUUAGUUUAAACUUUGGUUUGCGGCGGAAUCGUCUGGAUCCGGACUCUAAACUCGCGUCCACUAACAGAAGAGACUACAGACCCCAAAUGGGAUCUGUUCCGGAUUGAAUUGAAAUUUGUUUCCUUUUGUAAAGAAAAAAGGGGGAACGUUGCAUUCGGAGGAGAUUACAAGUGUCUUUUUUCUUCUUCUUCUUCAAAGACUCCUCUCUUUUUAGGAAUUUAAACUCCUUGCUACCGCUUCCCACCAGGAAUUUUGUCCGUAUAAUCAGAACUCGAGGAAGCAGCGGUGAUGCAUGCGUUGAAAGCCGUGGUGUGUUUUGGAGCGGUGCUCUGUGCACUGUUCGGUGGGGCUGGGGCUCAAUCGUGCCCGUCUCUGUGCUCCUGCAGCGGGACAGCGGUGGACUGCCACGGCCAGAGUCUGCGGAGCGUGCCGCGGAACAUUCCCCGCAACACUGAGCGACUUGACCUGAAUGCAAAUAAUCUGACUAAGAUCACCAAGGCUGAUUUUGCGGGACUGCGGAACCUCAGAGUUCUGCAGCUGAUGGAGAACAAGAUCACUUCUAUUGAGAGAGGGGCAUUUCAGGACCUGAAAGAGCUGGAAAGACUGCGUCUCAACAGGAAUAACCUUCAGGUUCUUCCGGAGUUGCUGUUUCUAGGCACAACCAAACUCUUCAGACUUGAUCUGAGUGAGAAUCAAAUCCAGGGGAUCCCCAGAAAAGCAUUCAGAGGAGCUACUGAGAUCAAAAACCUGCAGUUGGACUAUAAUCAGAUUUCCUGCAUUGAAGACGGAGCGUUCCGAGCUCUGCGGGACCUAGAAGUACUCACACUGAACAACAACAAUAUCUCUCGUUUGUCAGUGGCCAGUUUUAACCACAUGCCCAAACUCAGGACAUUUCGUCUGCAUUCUAAUAAUCUGCUAUGUGAUUGUCAUGUGGCAUGGCUCUCUGAUUGGUUGAGACAGAGGCCCCGCCUAGGCCUCUAUACACAGUGCAUGGCCCCUCCCUCCCUGAGGGGCCACAACAUUGCUGAAGUUCAGAAGAAAGAAUUCGUCUGUUCAGGGCUCCAGUCUCACUCGUCCUGUAGUGUGCUGCAGUGUCCUGAGUUGUGCACCUGCAGUAAUAACAUAGUGGACUGCCGGGGAAAAGGCCUGACUGAAAUACCCACCAACCUGCCAGAGACCAUCACUGAGAUUCGACUGGAGCAGAAUUCCAUCAAGAUAAUCCCACCUGGAGCGUUCUCGCCCUACAAGCGACUGCGGAGAAUAGAUCUGAGCAAUAAUCAAAUAACCGAGCUGGCUUCAGACUCCUUUCAAAGUCUCCGAUCUUUGAAUUCUCUGGUUUUAUAUGGGAAUAAAAUCACAGAACUUCCCAAAGGUCUUUUUGAUGGACUAUUCUCAUUGCAGCUACUGUUACUAAAUGCAAACAAGAUCAAUUGUUUGCGUGUAGAUGCUUUCCAAGACCUGCAGAAUCUCAAUCUUCUGUCACUUUAUGACAACAAACUCCAGACCAUUGCAAAGGGAACCUUCUCGUCUCUCCGAGCCAUCCAGACGCUUCAUCUGGCCCAGAACCCCUUCAUGUGUGACUGCCAUUUAAAGUGGCUGGCUGACUACCUGCAAGACAACCCGAUUGAGACCAGUGGAGCUCGUUGCACCAGUCCACGUCGGCUUGCCAACAAACGCAUCGGCCAGAUUAAGAGCAAGAAGUUCCGCUGUUCAGGCGUGGAAGACUACCGAUCUAAACUCGGCGGGGAUUGUUUCGCUGACCUGGCCUGCCCAGAGAAAUGUCGCUGUGAAGGAACAACAGUGGACUGCUCUGGGCAAAAACUCACCAAGAUCCCAGAUCACAUUCCUCAAUAUACAGCAGAACUCCGCUUGAACAACAAUGAAUUUACAGUGCUGGAGGCUACAGGAAUCUUUAAGAAGCUUCCACAACUGCGCAAAAUUAACCUUAGCAACAAUAAGAUCACAGAUAUUGAGGAGGGCACGUUUGAGGGGGCCAGUGGCGUGAACGAGCUCAUAUUGACCAGCAACCGCUUGGAGAGCGUCCACCACAGCAUGCUGAAAGGUCUCGGCGGUCUCCGCACACUGAUGUUGAGGAGUAACAAGAUAAGCUGUGUCAAUAACGGUAGUUUUACUGGUCUGAGCUCUGUGAGGCUGCUCUCCCUCUAUGAUAACCUGAUCACCUCCAUGUCCCCGGGAGCCUUUGACACUCUCCACUCCCUCUCCACACUGAACUUGCUGGCCAAUCCUUUCAACUGCAAUUGUCAUCUGGCCUGGCUGGGAGAAUGGCUACGGAAGAAACGAAUCGUCACAGGCAAUCCCCGCUGUCAGAGCCCAUACUUCCUCAAAGAAAUCCCAAUUCAAGAUGUAGCCGUUCAAGACUUUGCCUGUGAAGACGGUAAUGAUGAGAAUAGCUGUUCACCUCUGGCUCGCUGUCCUGCCGAGUGUUCGUGUUUGGAUACAGUGGUUCGCUGUAGUAAUAAAGGACUGAAGGUUUUACCCAAAGGCAUUCCUAAAGACGUUACAGAACUCUAUCUCGACGGCAACCAGUUCACGCAAGUCCCUCUGGAACUAUCCAAUUAUAAACACCUCACUCUCAUUGAUUUGAGUAAUAACCAGAUCAGCACAUUAUCCAACCACAGCUUCAGUAACAUGUCCGAGCUGCUCACCCUAAUUUUAAGCUACAACAGACUGAGGUGUAUUCCUGUAAAAGCUUUUGACGGCCUCAAAUCUCUGCGCUUGUUGUCUCUCCAUGGUAAUGAUAUUGCUGUGAUCCCAGAUGGAGCUUUCAAAGAUCUGUCCUCCCUCUCUCACCUGGCUCUGGGUGCAAACCCACUGUACUGUGAUUGUCACAUGCAGUGGCUCUCUGACUGGGUAAAGAGCGGCUACAAGGAGCCUGGGAUUGCACGCUGCACUGGUCCAGGAGAGAUGACUGACAAACUCCUGUUGACUACACCCUCUAAGAAAUUCACCUGCGCAGGUCCAGUGGACGUGAGCAUUCUGGCAAAAUGUAACCCUUGCCUAUCCAACCCCUGCAAAAAUGAUGGAACCUGCAGUAACCAUCCCGUAGACUUUUACAGAUGCACCUGUCCAUAUGGUUUUAAGGGUCAAGACUGCGAGGAACCCAUCCAUGCGUGCAUCGGUAACCCCUGUCAGAAUGGAGGCACCUGCCACCUGAAGGAUGGAGAGCAGAACACUCACUGGUGUGUGUGUCUGGAUGGAUUUGAUGGAGACGAAUGUGAGAUAAACAUUGAUGACUGUGAAGAUAAUGACUGUGAGAAUAACUCUACCUGUGUUGAUGGGAUCAACAACUACACCUGCCUCUGCUCACCUGAAUACACAGGAGAGCUGUGUGAAGAUAAGCUGGAUUUCUGCGCUGCAGAGCUGAGCCCGUGUCAACAUGACUCAAAAUGUAUUCUGACUGCUAAGGGCUUCAUGUGUGAGUGCACUCCAGGUUACACAGGAGAGCACUGCGAGGUGGAUUUUGAUGAUUGCGAUGAAAAUAAGUGUAAAAACGGCGCUCAGUGUAUCGAUGCUGUGAACGGCUACACGUGUGUGUGUCCAGAAGGGUACAGUGGGCUGUUCUGUGACUUCACUCCUCCGAUGGUACUGCCCAGAACAAGUCCGUGUGACCACUACGACUGUGCCAACGGUGCAGAGUGUGUUGUCAAGGACACAGAUCCUGUGUGUCAGUGUCUCCAUGGUUACGAAGGUGUGCGGUGUGAGAGAUUGGUCAGCGUCAACUUCAUUAGUAGAGAAUCUUUCCUGCAGAUCCCUUCCAAUCUCAUUACAGAACAGGCCAAUAUAUCACUCCAGAUUGCCACAGAUGAGGAUAAUGGAGUGUUGCUGUACAAAGGAGAUAAUGAACACAUCGCUGUGGAGCUGUACAGAGGCAGACUGAGAGUCAGUUAUGAUUCCGGGUCUUACCCCCCUUCUGCAAUCUACAGUGCGGAGAUGAUAAAUGAUGGCAGUUUUCAUGUAGUGGAGCUGGUGGCAAAGGAUCAGUCUCUGUCUCUAUCCAUUGAUGGAGGCAGCCCCAAAUCCAUCACUACUGCCAACAAUCCCAGCCCGGUACCCAGCCCUGCUCCGCUGUACGUUGGUGGAAUUCCUCAACAGUCCGGAAUGGCCUCUCUGCGUCAGGGCUCUGGGAGGAACGGCUCUAGUUUCCACGGCUGUAUCAGAAACCUCUACAUCAAUGACCAGCUCCAGGACCUCACCCAGUUCUUGCUGCAGGAGGGGGUGGUGGCAGGCUGCCAGCCAUGCCAGCGGAGUGUGUGCUCUCAUGGGCAGUGCCAUGCUACCGGUCACUCGUCCUUCAGCUGUGAGUGUGAGGCGGGGUGGACCGGGCAGCUGUGCGACCAGCAGAUCAACAACCCAUGUGAUGGGAACAAAUGUAUCCACGGUUCCUGUCUACCCAUAAACUCAUACUCGUACAGCUGUCGCUGUCAUCCAGGCUUUGCGGGUGUAUUGUGUGAUGAAGAGGAACAGAUGAGUCCCUGUCAGUACAUAGCGUGUAAACACGGGCGCUGUCGUGUGUCUGGGCUGGGGAAAGCCUAUUGUGAAUGCAACAGCGGCUACACGGGGCAAAACUGCGACAAAGAGAUGGCGUGUCGGGGGGAACGGGUCCGAGAUCACUAUCAGACGCAGCAGGGCUACACAGCGUGCCAAAGCACAGAGAAGGUCUCCCGUUUAGAGUGUCGGGGCAGCUGUGUGGACGGGACCUCCUGUUGCGCCCCCCUCCGCAGCAAACGCAGGAAAUAUACCUUCCAAUGCACAGACGGAUCCUCUUUUGUACAGGAGGUAGAAAAGGUCGUCAAGUGUGGCUGCACAAAAUGUCCAUCCUAAAUAAUGAAAAAGAAGAAAUACAUACUCACGCCCCCCUCUCCUCUCCUCUCCUCGAUUGAAGUCCCCUGUCUCUUUUCAUCAGUGUUGGACUAAUGUGUUUUUUGUUUUUUUUUCUUCAAAGGAGACGGAUUACUGUAAGAUAAAGAACAAACCUAUUUUUUAUUAUGAAGCGGAGAAAAAAAAAAGACAAAAAAUGUGUUUUAGAGGUUUUUUUUAAUUUUUAUUAUUUGACACCAUUUUAGGAACUGCGCCCUUUUUAAUUAUUUGCAAAAAUCACCUCAGUCAAGAAUGAAAAGGACGCACACCCCGUUGACACCUUUCACUUUUUUUUGUGCCAUUCUUUUACGUGGUUUUCUGGACUGCCGUUAACUCAUUUCACCUGGACGUUGUUAAGGUGAGAUAUAGUAUCACCAUGGAGACCGCAAGGGGGUCUGACAGUGUACCUUUCCAAAGCACACAUAAUCAUAACUGCUUCCGUUCAUUCACAAACAAUUUUGCACACCUUAACCACUAGGUGUACACAAAUGAUCUCUACAAACAUGAGCGAGCGCACACACACACACACACACACACACACGCGCACACACACACACACGCACACACCUGACUCACCUUGUAAACAUGUGUAUUUAUUGUAUCACAAAUACUGUCACAUGACUUAUAUUCAGUAUAGCCCUUCUUUUCGCAGGAGUUACAGUUGGACUUUCUUAAUAUAUAUUAAUUUAUAUUCAUCCUUUUACUGAUUUAAAUCACUCCUAGCUUACUGAGUAGCAUACCUAACGUCGUGUCUCCUUCAUUCGGUUGGUUUGACCAAUGGGACUGUUGUAUUUACCAUAUAAAAGAAAGCGUUAAAAAAAAAAUUGUGGUGUUAUAAAUCUUCAAAUGUGAAGUGAAAUCCGUGUAUAUUUUUGUCAAAUCUCCUACAAAUUUGUAUGUUGGCACAGAUGUGCUUUAUAUUAGAGUUUAAAUGUAUAGUUCCCCAUGUAUCUGGUACAGACCGAACACUAUAGAUCAUAAAAUAACAGUAGAGACCAUAGCCGUCCAUAAACACCUUUGUAAAAUGUUCUCCUCGUAAAUCCUUUUAAAUGCUACAAUAGAAAGAAAAACAAACUGUGACUUUUUUCUAAAUGAUACUACUUUGUUUACCACUCUGUUCCCCCGAUGUUAACAUAUUGCUGCUAAAUUGGUAUUGUAGACUUUGGAUGAUGAUGCUGAUGUUUAUUGUAGAGGACGUUGCUCAUUCAUUGAUGAGCAAAUUGUUUUAUUGACCUAUGAAUAAAGAUGUCCCCCUCCCUCGACCAGGUUGUUCGUCUGUAUGUGGCUGUCUGCAAACACAACUCUAUCACACGCACUCGACUCUAUCACACACACUCGACUCUAUCACACACACACAACUCUAUCACACACACACAACUCUAUC